AUGGUAGUAGCGAGGGCGAAGAGGAGUACCUUCUGCGAUGGGCAUCUGAAAGAGCAUCUGCAAGCUUACCUGGAGAGCCUACUCACGCCCUCACGUCGCAAAAAGCGCAAGCACGCCACUGGCGAACACGAAGCUCGCGCCUCCCCUGCAGAACGCCUGCGCGACGACUCGUCGACAUCGUCAAACUCACGCCUGAACUCGCCCGCAAUCUCGCAAGCUUCCACGACUACACGUGACGAGCCUGAGAUCAGGGUCUACAAUGGGUGCCUCGUCGUCGAAGACGGCUUCACCCUUGCGAUACAAUCCCCUUCGGCGCCACAUCGCAUUGACGUCCGGAAUGUGCCCACACCAGCCAUGAUAGCCGCUGCAAAAACGGCUAGCACGACGGCGGCGGUGGCGAAAGUGCGAGCAGAAGUUAUGAGACGCCUGGACAGUUUAUCUGGCCCAAAGAUUUCACUGGUUAACACCAUCGAUGACACCUCGCCGCCCCUAGGCUUUGAGUUCAUCCGGCAGAACAUUCUAGGUGAGGGCGUUUUCGCUGCGGACCCCGCCACCAGGACGGGUUGCACCAGGUGCAAGGCCCACAUGGGCCAAAACAUGGGCUGUGAGUACAGCAAGAAAUGCGACUGUUUGGAGUACGCCGCCGUGAACGACACUGAAAGAAUGUUGCCUGAAGAACGGGAGCGGUGGGAGGCAAUCAAGGCGAGCGGCGGCUUUGGAGACACCGCUGGGCUGCCCAAAAAGUUUCCGUACUUCUCGAGCGGACCGCGCACCAGCGCCGAAAAAGCAGGAUGCCUUGUCCCCUUCUACCUCGACCGCCGAUAUCCCAUCUACGAAUGCAAUGAAAAUUGCAAUUGUGGCCCUGGAUGCAAAACCCGUGUCGUCCAGAAAGGACGGCAGGUCCGACUGGAAAUCUUCAAGACGCCCGACAAUCGAGGCUGGGGCCUCCGCUGCAAGGAUGCGCUCCGAACCGGCCAGUUCAUCGACACGUACAGAGGCGAAAUCAUCACAGACGAGGAAGCCAGCCGCCGGGAGAAGAACCCGCGCCAUGGCACCAAGGACUCUUACUUGUAUUCUCUGGAUAAAUUCGCCGAGGCCGAGGGUAUCCCGCAGGAGGAACUCUAUGUUAUUGAUGGCGAGUUCAAGGGCGGGCCAACGCGCUUCAUGAAUCACUCUUGUGAGCCAAAUUGUCGCCAAUACGUCGUGUCAUACAACCGCCACGAUCCAAAGGUCUAUGAGAUUGCCUUUUUCGCCAUUCGCGAUAUUGCGCCCAACGAGGAGCUUACUUUUGACUAUUUGGACAAAGAUGAACCAGAUGAUGAGGAGGUCGACCCGGAAGAACGAAACGAGGGAGGUCUGAAGCCGAUCAAGUGCCUCUGCGGUUCUCGUAAAUGCAGGAAAUACCUAUGGCUUUAG